GUCCAAUUGUUGACUGCUCAAAAUGGUAGCCUGUAAUGGGCACUCGGAGAGCAACGUUGCUCUUGCCACAAUAACUCGCGAUUAAUAUAUCAAUCUCAAUAAAAACCACAACAUCUCCUCGAUAAACUAAUAUCGCCACAUUAACCAUUCGCUCUAAACCCCCAGAAACCACUGGACAAAAAACGUAAACAAUAGUGUCAUGUGUGACAAGUUUCCUUCUACGUGACUUACCCUCGAACGUGUGUGAAACCCUGAAGGGUUGUGGCCAUAUUUCAGUGUUAUUCACCUCCCGAGUGUGGCGAUAACCAGUGUGAAACGUCGUGAAAAGUGACCUUCUAUCGUGCCACCGAAUUUCCCCCCAGAAGCAGUGAAACCAAGUUCCCCCCCGACAUCCGGUGAAUCUCCCAGCUCCUUGGGUUCAGUACAAGACGCCUGUCUUCAUCCAGACGAUCCCUCAACUCUUCAUAACAAUCUCCAGCCCCUCGACCCCCUCGAAAUCCUCAAACAUCCUCCAACAAACCAUUCCAAACCCUUGAAUCCUUGAUGCAUUCAUCACUCCCCCUCACCAAAGACAAAGAGAAUGUCACCACCCCCAUAACCACCCCCUCCCACUCGACCACCCCAUAACCCACCUGUCACCAGGUUGGGCCAAACUAGCCCCCAACCCACACAGGUGAUGGAUCCAGUGGGUCCAUGGUACGCUUCGUACAACCGUUUGCCCCCAACCACCGGCACAUACCCAGGUGGCUCAACCCCCGACUUCCUCCCCCACCAACCCCCAUCAACAUCCACCCCCCUGCUCCUACAAUCCCACCCCUCCUCUACACUGGCUGGUCAACCGACCUUCAAUCCCAGUGGCUUCCUGACCCCUCCCUCAGUCAGCUACGAGGUAUUCACCCCAUUAUUCCACCCAUCGCCCCCAAAACAGCCCCACUAUGCUCACCGCCAAAUGUUGGGUCAGUCUGGAUCAAAGACUCCGCCCCCGGAGCCCGAGGGAAACAUCAGAGAUUACACGGGAGCCUCAAAUUUCUUUGAAAAUCAGGCCGCCCCAGGAUUGUCCUGGAAUCAGAAUAACCAGUUGCCAAGUCCCUUUGGAAUCCUCCCUCACGAAAGUGUGACAUCCUCCCCAGGUCCUGGGGUGGUCAAGCCAACAUACGAGAACAAUUUCAACAGUCCCUUCAACUCAGGCUCGCCUCUCAACAACCUGAAUCCAAUUCAACAGGAUGGCUUCAAGAGUGGCAACUUUUCUGAGGCUAAAAAGCCACGAGACCCUUCCCCAAUUGCCAAAUCAGUAGUCAACGUAGUGUCGCCAGGGUCUUCGGUUGCUGGAGCUCCAUUUUUCCAGCAGAUACCCACGACCUACAACGAUGAAUCAGGUCUGGGGGCUGCUGGUGCCCUCGGAAAUCCUGGGAGCUAUCCAGUCGCCACCACCAAAGUACAAUCACCCCUGCAGCAGUCUUGCAUCGUGUCAGCUCAAACCAAUCCAUCAGGAAAGGACUACAGACUCCAGGGGACACCGAGAACCCCCACAACGAUAUUCCAGGGUGCCAGUGCUCAAGAAAAACCUAGGAUAUUCGGCUCAAGUCCUGGAAAAACAACUACUGGAAGUGUUCCCACUAAAGCUCAGUCCAAAGUCUACCCAGACAUGGUGACAUCAGAGCUCCGAAGGGAUCCAAUAACAGAGAGCAGUCAGUCCUCACCAAUCAGCUUCUCCAUGAUGGAUACCAGGAGCAUGAACUACGCGCCAACAACCACCACGUCCAACACCCCAAAGCUCCAAAGCCAACGAACCCCUCCAAACCCUGGAAUUCCAACCCAGCAGUAUCACGUUCUGAAUCAACAGACACCAGGACAGACGUCCUACAGGCAUUACACAGGUCCUCAGGGUGAUCCUGAGUACCAUCAUCCCAGAUCCAAAUCAGCAGCUUCAACAGAUUCAGCUUAUUCUUCGAAUACCUCUCAAAAUGGACCUGAUUGUGGUGUGGUUGUUCCCAGGAGACCUAGUCCCCUUCAGGCCCACUCACAGGCGAGUCCUCUGGGGCACGUGCCAAGUCCUGCCUACCCCAUGUACAACAGUCCAAUGGCCUCCAUGUCAUCACCGUCUCCCUUGCAGCACGACACUGUUAACCAAUGCUCCAAUGCGAAUUACAAGGGAAGCCAGCAGGUGACACCAACUCCUCUGGACGUCACUGUACCCAGACCUGCGUCCCAAGGACAGGUGGGUUAUCCAUCUGUGAUUACAAGGGCUUUGGGUCCUGGGGAGACAAAGAGCUUCGCAGACAAUAGGUAUGAGAGGCAGGAGUUUGGGCAGAAACCAGUCUGCUGGGAGAACGAGAGACAAAGGAAAUUUACUGGUUACUCUGGGGACAUGGCACUUGCUCAAGGACAGAGACAGGGCUCAACGUAUUUCGAGGGUAAUCAGGUGCCCCUGCAAGACCUGAGCAGCUGCAGAGAUCCGAUGAACGUCAAAUCCGUACCCCAAGUUUGUCAAGUCCAGCAGCAAACUCCUGAUCUGCCGGAGGCCCAGAAGGACGUAGAAGACCGCCAGAGGAAGAUAGAUCCGUCUAAAAAACGAAGGAGCUUCGAUAAAACCCAGCCAGCCUUGAACGAACUUCCCCCAGCUCCAAUGACUGAUUACGUCAGCCGAGUGCCUCCACCAGCUCACCACAAUUCGAAUCAGCAGAAUCAGAAUGGUUACUAUGACUUCGAGAGGUGGAAUCUCCCACCAACAACUCCAAAGGUGUUUCCAAGUACAUCUGGCACUUUUGGAGCUCAAGGAGGCCUACAUUCUGGGAAUUUCGGAGGGGGACAGGCCCAAGGCCUGAUAGGACAUAACCCAGCACCGAUGCCCUACUUCCCAACGUAUCACGUACCCUCGGGGGCUCAUCCAAAUCACCCAGAGUUCCAGUCUAGUGUGGACAUUCCUUCCCUGCCCUUCGAGAACUCAAACAGCUCUCAGAAUCCUGAGUACCAGGACUUUCGUGAAGACCAGCCCAAGGUGAUAGUCCCCAACAUCGAGGAGGAAUUAGGAUUCCUCCAGCAGAAUGAGCUGGCCCAGCAGCAGGUGAAUCAACUGACGAGGGAGCUGAAGGCCAGCAGCAAGGACCCCAACUCGGGCUUCAUGACGAGUUACUUGAAGUUCCUUCAGGGAGAGCGAGAUCCAUCUCCACCAGCUAUGACAAGGGGGAGAAAGGCCAUUUGGAGAUCCAGGCCGUAUGUGCCACCAGAGUUGAACAGGUCAUGUGAGACCAAUGGGCAGGAUUCAAAGAUGCAGAAUUCAACGAAAGAGACACCGACUAUUGAUUACGCCAAUGACCCCAGAUAUUUCCCUCUGCCGAAGGAGAGGAAGAAGCCUUAUAUUGACUCCAGUGAUGAUGGUAUCGAGAGUGAGGAUGAUUUUCCUUUUAAAUUGAAGAGCGAGAAGAAGAAGGCCAAUGGCCCUGUGGAGGUGAAGCCUCUGGUGAAGACUGAAGUGCCGAGGCCGAAAAAGGGAAGGCCCAUUAAGCCCGGAGGUCCAACUGAUAGAAAGAGAAAGGCUGCUGCAUUGGCUGCUGCGCAGGCUGCUGCAGAUGCUGCAGCUGGAAAGCCUCCGAAGGAAGUGAAAGAAACGAAAAAAGAGCCCAAGGAACCGAAGAAGGAACCACUCCCUCCGAGAAGGGAGACUUCAAAACGAAAAGCCAAGGAACAGAUCUCGAGCAAACAGCUCCAAGAACACUCUGAUGGGGAUGAACAGGGUGACUCGGAUUCAGAUCCUGCUUGGACACCAGCUGAUAAACUUGGACCUGGGGAUUUGGAUAAGAAGAAGAAGAGGGGGAGGCCUGUUAUCAGUAAACGAGCGAAGAAUCUCCUCGAUACUGAGGAUUAUUCAUCGGCUGAGGUUGUCGUGAACAAGAGGGGGAGGAAGAAGAACGAAGUUAAGAAUGCCAUGGCCAAGGUCUCCUGCAAGAUUGAUGAGAAACUGCUGGCUUCGGUUACGGAUGAAGAUAUUGAUAUUUCUCCGUUCAAGCGAUACCCUGAGGAAGUAGACAACGGGUCAGGAGAAUUCGUUGUUAUGAAGGCAGAGCUGGAUGAGGAGUAUCCAGCAUUGUGGAGAAUAGAUGGAAAGACAUUGCUCCAGAAAUACGAACCCUUCUUGUCAAAUGGUAGAACCCUGUACAGAAAUAUAUCGACAUAUUCUGGGUGGGCGCCCCAAAAUCGUCACAUUUAUCAGCAAGUGCCUGUUAAAUUCUGGCAGCACAGUAAAAUGGAGACCAUCGUUGAAUUUCUGAGGGACGAAAUGCUUCUGGACGACUCCGAAUACGUCGAGAGACGUAUUAAGGAGUACGAGAUGUACCAGGAUCAUUUUGAAGUUUACAUACAGACACUGAUAUCUCAGGCACUAGAUUCAAAUUUUCUUACUGAGAUAUUCCAGGAACAGGACGAUUAUUUUUUGUCCAAUGUCAAGACAGUCGAUGAUAUGACGGAGGAGAGGAAACGUCUCCUUUUGUCCACGACAAAGUGGGGGGAGACUGUUAUCAGUGCUAUCUCCACUUGGCCAUGUCUCAAUAUUCUCAAGGAUCUACCUAGUACUGAGUACAGGGGAAAACAGUGUAAUGGGUGUCAACUCAGCAAGGUUUUUGCCAGAGUUCUUUUGUAUGGACAGCCGUACAAUGCUACCACCCUGGAGGGCUCGCCACCCGAUCUUAAAGUGCCUCAGGAAAAGGACUUUCUGCUAUGCAGAGUGUGUCAGACUAAAGUAGGACUCUUCAACAAAGUUGCCCAUCAAAAGUAUUUAAUGUUUCUCGAGUGUGCGAGGAGAGUCGCUGAUAAAAGGUUGGCUGAUCCCAAUAAAGACACUACGAUUAUUCUCAAUGAAUUGUUGGCUGAUGAGGUGUGGCUGAAUCAGUUGUUCAAAGAAGUUCGAACAAUUUGGGCUGAAAUAGACAACAUUGAGCAUCAAGUUCGAAUAAAAGAAAGUGCUAACAUUAAUCAAGGGCGUGAAAUUGAUUGUGAAACGAAUUGCAAUGACGUUCCCUCAGGUACAGACGCUAAAACAUUAAUCGAAGGACUCACCAAGGAUUCGCUGAUGACUGAUUCCGGUGUGAGUGUUUCGUAGUGAAAUUCCAGUGAUAAUUAAUCAAGAAAAAAAUCAUAAAUUCAGGUGUAAGGACUAUAUGAGUGAUAAAACUAUGGGAGAUGAUUUGAAUGCUUUGGAGGAGAGGGAAUUGUAAACAUUAGACAAUAGUAUUUUUAACAUUGAUUAGAGUUCGCUGAGGGGCAACGUAUGAAAAUGGUGUAUCAUAUUUACGCUGAGGGAAUUCUACUAUAGGAUUAUUCCGGGAAACGUGUCUUUUGCCAUUCGAGGUUAAUUUUAUUGUAAUUACCAGGAUGAAAACGAAUCAUUGGUGUGAAUAGACUACAGUUUAUAUUAUCUAUUCUAGUUGAUACACAAAUGGAUGAAAAUUUUAUGUCCUUCGAUGAGGGCAAGUGAUAAGAGCGAAUGAAUGUUAUAUACAGGUUAUGCAUCAGUUACAGCAUUGAUAAGUAUCGUCAACAUUUUUUAAUUCAACUGUGAGGAACAAAAAAAAAGUUCAGCUCAGUCAGUUCCAUUCUCACUGCAGAUAAGAUUUCAUAAUUUUAAAUGGACGGAUGGUAAAUCAGGUUUUCUUCAUUUCACGACUGAAUUCGAUAAUUCAUCCACAAAAUCGUUUUCUGUUCACAAUCUGGUGCAAUAAAGAGUCUGGAUUCAUUUUUUUGCUUAGUAUUUCGGUGGAUUUGAAAUUCUCGACUUCAAUUUUGGUUAAGCACAAAUUUUGUUGCAGCACAAACGAAAAACCUAAUUACGAUGUUAUUUAUCCACAAAAUUAAUUUCUACGCAAAAAUCAUUGGUAGUUUUUUUGUAAUAUUUUUAGGUGAAAAAAAAACUCUGUACAGGCCUCACAAUCUUCCAUUGGAUUUCUAUUGUUGGUAACUACCGUCUCAUUGAAUGGCAAUUAAUUUUUGUGUAAAAAAUAGUUAUAUAUAUUUUUUAACGCGUUUGACCCGCACAGAAUAUCCAUACGCCAUAUAUGGAGUAUGGAUAAGAUUGUACGUUGAAAUUGACUUUUAAUUUCUUAUCCGAAAGACUAGCUUUUCGUUUCUCAAGUAAUUGAUAACAAAAAAAAAUGUGAAAAAAAAUUGAGAAGAAAUUUUUUUCUAGAGAGUGCACAGGGGGAAUUGUAUUUUUCGAAGAUGUAUGAGAUUAUAUUUGUAAAUUGUAAAGUAUAUUGAAGAGAAUUUUCAUGAGGUAUGUGUGAAUGAGACAUACUGAAAUUACCGUUUCUUUUAUUUCAUUAUAUUUUUUUCGCAGAAUUUAUGAAAUUUGAAUUGGAUAAAUGCGGGCAUUUGGAUGACAUCACAAUUAUUAAUCCGAAACAAUUCAUGAUUCGAACGAUUGUAAGAUUGUUUAAGCGAUGAAGUGAUAAAAUGUCAUAAAAUAUUUGUCUAUUGGCUUCUCAAUGAAAAUGACAAGACUUGUUACGAUUUAUCAUUUCAACGCAGAUUUUAUUUCUUAUAUUUUUUUCUCAUGUCGUUUGUAAGAUACGUGCCAUGCAACAGAUGAUAUCAGGUAUGAUCGAUCUUGGGGAGAGGGGGGGGGGGAUUCAUCAAAAUAGGAGGAGAAAUCAGCCGAGGAUUUGAUGAAGUUCCUCACACUCUUCAUCGGAUAACCCAAACGCAUUGAAUUAUAAUCAACAAAGUAUUUGAAGACCGGUGAAUAAUGAGGAGUCGUAUUUUGCAAAUUUUUGUAACAGAAACAGAACUACCGAAUGGAAUUGUAAACUCGUGAGACAAUGACGUCAGUAUUUUGUUCGUUUACAGUUCAUUUUGUUGAAUGAUAUCGUCUUACUAUAAAUACAUAAAUAACUGUAGAUCUUUAAACUACUGGCAUAAUUUAUGUUUUUAUUAAUAAUUUUUGAAUAAAAAAAAUCGCAAAAAUAAA